AUGAGUCUUCGCGAAAAGGUUCGCAGAGUGUUUCGUCGCUCGUCUAGCGGUUCGAAAUCGAAGGACAAUUCCAAUCCCAUCAAGAUCGAGUAUUACAAGCGCCAUGAAAUUCCGCCGUCCAAGUUCAAGGGCCCAUUUGACCGCGAGCACCAAAAAAGGCUGGCGGCAUGGUCCUUUGGCGACGCCCAGGACGAACGUCCCCGUUCCCCGGAUCUCUCUUUGUCCCCUUGCGCAUCGUUGCCCGGCUAUUUGAGGCCUCGUGUCCAGGAGGAUAGUGUGGCUCCUGACGAGGUUCCCUCGGUUGCCCCAGAGGAUUUGUCUGAUGCAUCCGCCACGAUCUCCGACGACGAGCGCCAGGAGAACAGUGGAUCCACCUCCUCGACCGCUUAUGACCCGGACAGCUACAGCAGCUCCAUGAUGACUCUCUUCGACGAAGUUAUCCGACAGGCUCGAUCGCCCACCUCAAGGAGACGAUCCGCUACACGUCACCCGUGGUCCGGGCCAUCUCCCCACCCCCACUGUCCCCCAAGGGCAGCUACAUGCCGUUCGCCCCCGAAGAUUUGA